UCUCUCUUAGACGAGCGAAGUCGAAUAAAUUUCUCGCGGAGAGCGCGCGAUUAUCGCGCUCGGCGAAAAAUGGCGCGACGCGCGAGCGGCGACGACGACGCGCGCGCGUAAAACUUUAAUCGCGCCGGGCAUUAAAUCCGAAGUGCCUGCGCGCGUUAUUAUGCGGAAUUAGCUCUCGGCGCGACGAUAUUAGGCGGGGAUAUGGUUAUAACUUUUGUUGCUCUGUGGGCAAUAAUUUACAUAGCGAAAUUGCGGCGGCAGGCGGUGGCGGCGCGUGUACCACCUCGUCUCGUCUCGCCCCGCCUUGCCUUGCCGUGUCGUUGCAAUUCCGAUUGCGCGCGGGCCCUUUUUCAUCGCGCAGAGCGUUAUGAAACAAACGACAAGAGAGACACGCGGCUGCCGCGCCGCGGCUAACGCUGUUUAUGGCAGCGCAACCGUCGGCGCUGGCGAAAGUCACGUAGCCAUUUAAGUCUCUAGAAAGUGCGGACAGGCUCGUUAGCGCGCGAAACCAACGGCAUUUAUGUACAUCGCGCCUGAAAUGAUUGCCUCUUUUUUCACCCUUUCCCACUUGCGUCAUCGAGACCGCCCUUGGAAGCCUCGGCUGAUUCCCCACGAUCGAUUCCCAGCGACCUCCGGCAAUCGCCGGACGAAGAAACGGAGAUUCUACGCCGCCGCCGUCGGGAAAAAGCCGACGUGGAUCAAGGUGGACGAGAGCGAGAGCGAGAGCGAGAGCGAGAGCGAGAGGGAGAGGAGUGAAAUAAGCUAAUACGGCGGCGUGUACACGGAGCAGCGGCGCGCGAUCCCUCUUCAUGAAGCGCCAUUCACGAGCCGGUGACACAUUUAUAACAGCUCGCGCGCGUUCUUACACUCGCCGCGUCGCGCGUUUUAUCAGAGGCGGCGUGUACUUUCGGGGCGCAUGUACCUCGCCGCAAGAAAGCUUGUCGACACGCGCAGUGUCUCGUGUCUCUCCGUCCCCCCCCCCUCCCCCCCCGAAGAGGAGCAUUGUCGAGGCGACCGCGCUCGACGGCUCCCUCGUAGAUAAGGGAACGGUCUUACGCAAGCUCUUCGGCAGCACAUCGGCGAAGAUGCGUACGUGCGAGAAACGGACGGACCGAGAGGAACCACAUGGACAGAUAAUCCGUGGUCGUCGUAAAUUUUCGCCCUGACCACCGGCGAAUUCCACGAGGCCGUGUCUAAUGUCGGAACCGAAACCGACGUGUCGUUGAUGGUUCCCGCCGGGAGAGAGAAAGAGGACUACGCCGAUCGACAAUGACGAUGAUCAGGCCGGCCGCACAAAAACGCCAUUUUCCGGCUCGCACAGUUUUACCUCUCUCUAUUCAAGCGGCCCGUACUACAAGCUUCUUUGGAGCCCGCUGAAAGGAAUGUUUUCGCCUUCAAACCACUCGCUGCAUGUUCGUCCUCGGCUAGAGUGCCUCGACACGAAACGUCCGGCCGAGGCGUCACGAGCGCCAUAGUCCUCCGUCGGCCUUGCUCUUCGGAUUAUCACCUGUUUAGUGCAGCCAAGAGCGGCCGUGAGACACGACGCGUUUACGACGGAGAUCUGAGGAAGCGGCGAGUCGACGGAAGCGCUUUCUGCGUCGAGGAAGGACGAGCGCGCGGGAACGGACCACCAAACGCGAAGCGGCACCCCCGUUAUCGUCGAGAUAAGCUGCCGGAGAGGUACCGAGGAAGCGAGCAGACCAACGGACGAGCGCGCCGAUGAGAAAGAAAUCGACACGGUAAUUGCGCGAGGCCGCGCCGGGCAGGACUAGCGGUGCGCAGGGCAAUUGGGCGCGUUAAAUGUCCCCACGGGCAUUUACGUUCCGGCCGAGGCUCUCGCGAAUCUGGGAUGGCUCCGAGCAGCAGCAGCAGCAGCAGCAGCAGCAGCAGCAGCAGCGAUAUCGGAUCAAGCUCACCUAACAAGUCCUGCGUCGUCGCCGUUCUCGGCCGCGCGACCAGAUAGAUUCAAGAGCGAGCGAACCGCGGGGGACAACGCCGCGCGGCGGCAACGAAGUUAGCACGGCGAAAUAAUCCGACGUUAUUGGAUCGUUCGCCGUCCCGUCCGGCGGCGCAUAUAAUGGAAGCUCACAAGGAUGCGGCAGCACGGUAGUGUGGACACUCCGCGUUAGUCGUCCGGCUGCUGGUCGUUUGUUUUGCGAGCCGCGCCGCAUCGGCCGAAGAAAUUGGAUCGCGAUAUCCCAGAGUGCGAGCGGAGACGACGACGACGACGACGACGACAACGACGACGACGACGACGACGACGACGACGACGACGACGACGACGAGGAGGAGGACUCGUCCGCAGCCUGGCAGUCGCGAAGAUGCACACGCGGAAUCGCGCACCGCCGCAGAGACACGCUGUCGUCUAAUCUCCCCCAGCGAGCGAAGGCACUGGCGGAUCAGCAUAAGACGCGCGGCGAAUGUCAUUGUGACAUCGCGAGGGAGCAAACUCUGAGCACUGCCGACCGGAGAUGUGACACGUGGAUUCCACGUAAGAAAGAGAGAGAGAGAGAGAGAGGGGGGGAGAGAGAGAGAGAGAGAGAGAGAGAGAGAGAGAGAGAGAGAGAGAGAGAGAGUGAGUGAGUAAAGCCCGAGAGUAAAGUCUCUCAAGUCGGAGACGAGGAGAGAAGACAAAGAAAGGGAGAUAUAGUAGUGGAUAAUCGAACGGCGGAUCGUUCGAUAAUACUGGUCACCCCGACAAGUGUCCUUACGGUGGCUCCAACCCCCGCCCUCUUCUGGUCGCGGUGGUCGUGGUGAAGCGGCGGAGGAGCCUGUUAUGGAAUGAACCGAUGCCCGCACAGGGCGUCUAGGUGUCCGCGAUCAUCCCCCCCGGCACGAUGUCGAGCGUCGUCAUGACCUCCAGAAGGAUGCGGUCCUUGCCGGCGCUUCUGCUGGCGCUGCUGCUGUGCCGUCAGUGGAGCGCGUGCACGGCGAGCGGCGACGGCGGGCCCAACAGCCCGAUCUUCAACUUGGACCACACCGCCCUGGAGAAGAACCUGGCGGCAAUCUUCAACAAGGUGGCGCACAGCUCGGCGACCACGAAGCGCAGCGUGCCAGCCUACGACGCUCAAGUCUCGGCGAGCACGACCCUGUCGACGGUGCCGUCGCCGUUGACCACCAGCAGCACCAGCAGCACCAGCACCACCGCCGCCACGCCGGCUGGCCCGUCGUUGCCGGCGGCCAAGUACCCGGCGCCCCGAGCCACCGCGUCGCCCAUCUUCCGCGACAUGCCGUCGUACGCGCCGCCGUCCAGGGCGCUCUUCACGCCGCCCCUGCCCCGGGAGUACUUACACCCGUUCGCCGACAAGCCGACGCUGCGUGGCACCAACUCGGAUGUGCACGCCGGCAACAGGAGGCCGAUGCCGCCGCCUAGCCUGACUCCGGCGCACGAGAGGAUACCCAUAAGGCCGCCGGAUCUACCUCAGAGCCCGGCGCAGGAGGCGCCGGAGCGGCACUCGCACUCGCAUUCGCACUCGCACUCAAACUCGCGGAACAAGCCGUCAUCGGCGGGCGGCCAAGCGGGCAAGGAGCAGCAGAGGCCAGCCGCCUCCUCCUCCUCCUCCUCCUCCGCAGAGUCCGGGGCUGCCGACGGCGACCGGGCGGCGAGAAACAACACCACCGAGUACGUGACCCUCCACUAUCCGAGCAUCUCGAGGAUCCUGUCCGGCAGCAACGGUAGGAAGCAGGACAUUCCCGAUAUACUGCUGAAACCGCUGGCCACCAAAAGUCCUCCGUUGGCGAACGUGCCGUUGGCGCCCACGACCGACCGGACCACUCAGAUGCCACCCAGCAUCAGCAUCAGCAGCACGCCCAAGAGCCCUCCCAGCGGCAGCACCGUUGCCGACUACGCGGCCAAGAGCGUGACGCAGCCGACGAUCUUCAAUCUGCCCAACACCGGCCGGCAGGACGACGACGGCGGCUACCACGGUGGCGGCCUGCGCAACGACCACGGCCUCAAGACGGACAGCAUCGAGAUUGUGGACACGGAGAGGUUACCCUAUCCGCAAGCGCAACCGCCGGCGCCCACGUCCAAGCGACCGAACGGUGGCAGCGGCGCCGCUGGUGCCGCGGACGGCGGCGGCGACGACGACGAGCGGCUGGUGUCGCACGUGGACACGCAGAACCCGCUGGAGUCGUGGCGGAUCGCCUGGUCGUUGCACGUGUACUUUGCGGCCAUCACCUUCACCCUCAUGGCGCUCUUCUCGAUCUACAAGAUUGUGCGCUUCAACGAGGCGACCAACCUGCUCAGUCAGUCGUACUUCCUCGCCGUGCACCUGCUCCUCACCACCGUCUGCACGCUCCGGUGUUUCCACCUGUUCUACGACGCCUACAACCUCGGCCAUUCGUUGCCCGAGCCGUUGUCCAGGGUGCUCAUGUACCUGCCAGCGCCGUUGCUGUCCACCGCCUUCGCCACGCUGGUGCUCUACCUCGCGCGCUGCUCGGAGGCGCCGUCGCUCAACAACAGCAUCCUCUCGCCCACCACUCUGGUGCUGUCGUCCACCGUGCACAUAGUGCUGUGCGUGUCGCUGCACGUGUCGACGCACGUGCUCGGCUACCAGGACGAGGCGCGGAUCCUGCCGCUCGUCUGCCAGUGCAUCUACGUCGUCGUGUGCGUGACCCUGGGCCUGUGCUACGUGUACGUGUACCGGGUGGUGCGCUCGCAGAUCCACGUGGCCAGCAACAAGGCCGCCGGCGCGAAUCACAUGAUGGCCGGCGCCGAUCCGACCACGGUGGCCCUCAGCACCGCCAUCACCACCACCAUCGCCAUCGCGUUGCUCUUCAUUCUCAUGGGCCUCGUGCAGCUCUACGGGAUAUUCGGCGUCCAAGAGCGGCCGCAGGCGUAUCCGUGGCUCUGGUGGGGCUGGCAGUUCUCCGUCAGGGUGCUGGAGCUGUCGGUGUGCGGCCUCCUCGCCUGGGUCGCCAGUCUGUCGCAGUAUCCGCUACGCGAGAAGCAGAUGCAGCAACACUCGGCCCACUCAGGCUUCGCCCUCUUCCCAUGCGGCAGCUCCACGUCCACCGAGAACAUGGACGACGUGCUGUACCCGGCGAUAUGCAGCACCAACCAGGCGAUACAGAACUACACCAUGCGGACGGGCAAGCAGGUCUACGACGACAGCUUCCCGCUCAACACCCUGCCCGAGCACUUGAACAUAUCAGGUACCUUCGAGAGACAUUCCAUUCGCAAGUCUGGUACGAUGGGCCACUUUCCUCACGAAGGCCGGGGUUCCCUGAGUCGCCACGGUAAUGGCAUACAGACCCUGAGGAGCUCCGAGACUCGCGGCAGGCACACGCCCGUUCAAGGAGGCCUACACGAGCAGGCUCCGACCAGCGGCUCGACGAUGCUAGUCGCCGAGGAUGGUUUCGUUAGGUUCCGGAGCCUGGGCGCGGAGGAGGACGAGCUGUCCGACACGCAGAGCAUGGUCGGCACUCACGGCAGGGGUAGCUCGCUCGCCGGCAGCGUCAGGUACAACGCGAGGCAUCCGACGGUGCAGCAGCAUCAGCAUCCGCACCAGCACCAGCACUCGCAUCCGAGUCAACAUCAGACCCACCAUCAGCUUUAUAACAACACGUAAAGGGCUGUGCCAACAAACCCGCGCGAUCAAGAUAGAACGCGAUUCCUCGCUUGACUCGACGUAAUUGAUCGUCGUCGGUGAGACACAUAGUAUAUAUCGACACUCGCGGGAUAUCGUCGUCGCCCUUCGCAAAGCUCGGUCUAAACUCGAGAGACUAAUUUUAUCUCGCGUAACUCUCUCUAUGUAAGAUAUGUCCUUGUGUAUAGACACCUAAUUGCCAUUCCCGUUCUACCGCUUUCGCAUCGACGUCCGAGCCAAGCCUCCGCCGUGCGACAUCUAAAUAAAUAUAUUUAUUUCAAUCCUCUCGAUAAGCGAAGAAAAAAAAGGAAAAGAAGAAACAAGGAAAAGCGAGUAAAACGUAUACGGCGAACUCGUUUUUGGGGUUCCUCUACCUGGUUAUGUGGGUAGUUUCAGGGUAUAUCGAAACUUGAUCUUACACUAGGGCACUUGGUACUUAUUAAGAUUCAUGUGAUUGACGAAGGAAGAGAGAGAGAGAGGGAGGCAGGGAGGGGCAAGAGCUAGCCAGAGGUGAGAAUAGUAGUGCGUCUCCACACGCGCGAGAUACGUAGAGAGAAAGAGGGAAGAAACGCUUCCGUUCGGUUUUUACGUUCAAACUAUUAGAGGUACACCGAAUACCGCCGGCUGUGGAACGUAUUUGGAUGAGGAGGAAGGGGAAGGGGGACCCUCAAGUCUGUUCUAAUCUCGUCUCGCGAGACACAUUCACGACUUGUUGUUGUUUGGCAAUGAAAGAAAGAGAGAGAGAGAGAGAGAACAAGUGUUGCUAGUUGUUAUUCGCUAUCGCGUGAUAGAUGGAGAAAGCGAGACUUGCGACGAAUGGCACUUUUGAUAAUCCUAAAGUUCGUUGUUUUACCGUGUAGUCUCGGUACGAUAAGUCGUCGGAGCACCGCCGCUCGAGUGAGACCGCCCGACCGAUACUUAUUGUCUCUUUCGUUGAGACUUUUCGUGGAUUCAAUGUGACUGUCUUUCUGCCACCGUCGUCAUCGUCAUCGCCAUCGCCAUCGCCAUCAUCGUCACCGUGUCACAGUCAUCAUCGCAGGCAGCUUCACGCGACCGGCAAGAGGUGUAUAUUUUUUACGAGAAAUCGCGUGCGCGCGCGCGAGGUCCAAACUAGAAGAAGAAAAAGAAAACUGAACGCAAAACACACCGACGAAACUCUCGGAAGAAGACGCUCCUCCGCGACUCUCGACUCCAACACGGGUGUGCGUUCCGAGACUUACUACGUGAUGUGAUCCUUUAUCAAGUUGAAAGCGGCGUUUGUACAGUCGACGAUAAUUUAUCAGCCAGUCCGAUUUAGUACGAUUUUAGUUAGCGACAACUAAGACUAGCGAUUAAGAGAAUUCCGCAGGUUUAGUGUUUUAAGUUUUUAACCGUUAAGUUGUCAAGAGGCGAGUCGCAAGACUCUCGUGUCAAAUUUCAUGAUUUCUUGCGUUUUAACGAAUCGAAGGGAAAAGUAACAAGAGAGACACUCGGAACGAGGAGCAGCUGGGAAAGGAGAGAGAGGAAGAAGAGGAAGAGGGAGAAGAACACACGCGCUAUUACCCGUUAUAGAAUAGAUUGACAUAAGUGCGAUUUAACGUCACACAGACACACACAGGCCAGCAUUUUAACUUUAUUUGUCAGACAGUCUAAGGUACAAAAUAGUACUUUUUACCUUUCACUUGGUAUAUCGAUAGGUUUAAGCGGUCGCAAUGUAUAUGUUUAUAUAUGAACAUUGUAAAUAAGGUGUACGGGCUCGCCGUGAGUGAAUCUACUGUUACGAUGGAAUCCAGGAUUCCGGUUUUCUGUCCGACGCAUUGGAAUUUACAUGCCUCUCGGUUGUAAAAAAAAAAGAAAGAAAAAGGGAGAAGGAAAAGAAGACGGGAAGGGAAGAGCGAAGGAGAGAGCAAGAAAGUGAACAGGGGGAGAAACAGACUUGCGCAAGACUUAUAUUUUAAUUUAUCUCAGAAGCUGUAUUUAUUAAUGCGAGACACAUUCCACAAGUGAUCGGUGUGAGUGCGAGAUCGAUUUGUGUGUGGGAUUUUAUUGCAAUUAUAAAUUUACCUAGGCGCUAAACGAACCGUGAAACAAAUGUAAAUAAAAGCUUUUUUUGCGAAAAGUCUCACGUCUGUCUUUCGAGCGCGAGUUCUUUUUAGUCGCAAAGCGAAGUUCUCUUCGCGCCUCGGCGUGGAAGACACGCUUGGAAUGUAUUCCUCGUUGUUUUUUUUUUUCUUUAAUUUUACAUUUCAUCAUCAUUUUUCUUUUUUUUUUCCUUUCGUGCUAAAAGUGACUUUUUAAUUGAGACGCGUGCAGGUCGAAACAUUCGAGGCUUCGCGAUCCCGACACACACGCGCGCUAGGCAAAUGAAAAAGAGAGAAAGAGAAGGAGAAAACGUUUCCGAAUUUAGGUUUCCUAAACAAAUUUUAUAUUGUAAUAUAUAAAUAUAAUUGUGUUAGUUAUGUACGCAUAUUA